AUGUCCAAGCUCGAGGUUGUGCCCUAUUGUAGGCUCUCGGUUACUGUCCUGCGAGCAGAGCUCCACCAGUCGCAUGACUACUUUUCGGAGUCGGACUGCUACGUGAUUCUGAGGCUCCCCACGUCCUCUGCUCGCUCUCACCGCACCCAGACAGUGCCCAACAGCCGCGACCCCGAGUGGAACGAGACGUUUCACUUCCGCAUCCACAGCCACGUCAAGAAUGUUCUAGAGAUGCAAGUGUACGAUGAAGACUACUUCACGCAAGAUGAUCUUUGCUCUGUGGUCUUGUUUGAUAUCAGCAAUCUCACCUUGGGCCAACAGCAGACCAAAAUGUUCAAUAUAAAUGAAAAGACAAAUGAUAAGCUGUGGGUUGAAUUUGAGAUGGCAGAGAGGCCAGAGCAGGAGCUGGCAGUGCGUCUGGACUUUGACAUCCCGUCAGUGGAGAAGGACUUCCUGGAAAAGAGGAAGGUGGUGGUGGGGCGGGCUUUGCACAAGCUGCUGGAGCUCAGUUCCCCUCUACAGACAGAUAAGGUCCCCCUGGUGGGUGUGGUUUGCUCGGGGGGCGGGACCAGGGCGAUGACUGGCGCUUUUGGGAGUCUGAAGGGUCUCCAGACUCUGGGAAUCCUGGAUGCCGUCAGCUACAUCACUGGGGUCUCAGGGGCCACAUGGGCCAUGUCAACCCUGUACGAGAAUGCUGAUUGGUCGCAGGGGGACCUGGGUGUGGUCACUGAGCCAAUGAAGGUUGAGAUGAUUAAGAGGUACCAGGACAUCCUGUCCACGGAGCGGCUCAGUUACUACAGGGAGGAGAUGGGGCAGAAGGAGAAGGACGGACUUCCCGUGUCCCUCAUUGACAUGUGGGGUCUGGCCAUCGAGCACCUCAUCUAUGGGAAGAAAUGGGACAGUACCCUCUCUGACCAGAAGAGGGCGGUGUCAGAGGGACAGAAUCCUCUGCCUAUCUACACAGCUGUGAACAUGAAGACCAGCCUGAAAGGCAUCACAGAGGCCGAGUGGUGUGAAUUUACCCCGUAUGAGGUUGGUUUUCCGAAGUACGGUGCAUUUGUACCCACUGAGGACUUUGGCAGUGAGUACUUCCUGGGUCACCAAGUCAAAAAACUUCCAGAGACUCGUCUGCCUUUCAUGAUAGAGACGGACAACAAGCCGUCCACGCUGGACACCUUCCUGAUCAAACCAGCCACCGACACGGUGCAGAUGAUCAUCGGGUUCUUCACCACCCGACCCUUCAUCACGCAGAUUUACAACUUUAUGCGAGGCCUCUAUCUCCACUGGGACUACAACAGCAGGAGUUGUUUCACCGUAGGACAAGACAUACACCCUGAUGCCUUUCCGAACCAGUUGACACCAGCGGACCCAACCCUGGAUCUGGUGGACUCUGCGUUUUCCUGCAACACGGGUGUCCCCCCUGUGCUGCGACCCCACAGACGUAUGGUCCUCAUCCUGUCCCUCGACUACUCCUGGGAGGCUGAUCCGUUUCUGAGACCAGCCCUGUUUAACUGUGUUUUAACUGUUUCUCAGGUGUUGAAGAAAACCCAGCAGCACUGCACUGAUCACAGGAUCCCGUUCCCUCACAUCGAUUUCAGCCGUGUGGAGAAAGAGGCCAUGAAGGAGGUGUACGUGUUUGAGGACGAGAAGAACCCAAAAGCUCCCAUUGUGCUUCACUUCCCUCUUGCCAACCUCACCUUCAGAGAGUUCAAAGCCCCAGGUGUCAGGAGAGAAGGGAAGGAUGAACUGAGGAUGGGAGAGCUGGACGUGAGCAGCAGCGCCUCACCAUACAUCACCGAGAACCUGGCCUACCAGCCCGAGGACUUCCAGAGGCUGAUGGACCUCACUUGCUACAACGUCCUGAACAACCGCGACACCUUGCUGUCAGCUCUGCGCAGGGCGCUACAGAGAGAGAGAGUCCAUGAAGAUGAGGACGAACACAAAGACCACUCCUGUCCCUGAAUAGAUCCCUCUA